AUGAACCUGAAAGUGUUUAACCAGUCUGAUCGCUGUGAGCAUUUCUCUUGUCCAAAGAGAUCUGAAUCUCCUGCACUUUAUUUCUUACUAUAUCUGUUUUCAGCUGCUGUGGUUCUGCUAACAGUGUGUGGAAAUAUGCUUGUCAUCAUCUCUGUUUUUCAUUUCAAGCAGCUUCACACACCAACAAACACACUCGUGCUCUCUCUGGCUGUGUCGGAUUUCCUCGUUGGCAUUUUUGCAAUGCCGCUAAUGUUAAUCUGGACUAUUGAGUCAUGCUGGAUUUUUGGGAGAGUUUUCUGCAGCAUGUACUGGCUGGUUAGUGGUCUUCUCAUAAUAUCAACCUAUACUAUUGCUCAGAUUGCUGUGGACCGGUAUUUGGCUCUCUCAAACCCCUUUCUCUACAUGAACAUUGUGUCUGUGAUAAUCACAUGUGUUGUAAUUGUUUUCACUUGGUUUCUAGUGCUGGUGUAUACCAUAGCACUCCUUUAUUUUAAUGGAAACUUCUCAAAUUCUAUAGUGUGUCCUGGAGAGUGCUAUCUCUUUGUAAAUGAGGUUUGGUCUGUAAUUGAUCUUGUAUUUUCCUUUAUAUUUCCAUGUUCUGUCAUAAUCAUAUUGUAUACUCGAGUUUUUGUGAUUGCUAAGAAACAUGCCACUGCUAUCAGAGAGCUUAAUAAUCACACACGACCUAAAACACAGAAAAUCACCUCACACUCAAUGAAAUCUGAGAAAAAAGCAGCUAAAGUCCUCGGCAUUUUAGUGUGUGUGUUUCUGGUGUGUUUACUUCCAUAUUAUAUUUACAGUUUAUUAGGAAAUGUUAUUAAAUUACAAACAGAAACAUUUCACAAAUUGUCAAUCUUGUUUUUCCUUAACUCCACCAUUAAUCCUUUUAUUUAUGGUCUGUUUUACCCAUGGUUUAGGAGGUGCAUUAAAUUAAUUAUAACGUUGCAAAUAUUUCACACAGACUCUGCAUUAAUCAAUGUUCUUUCAUAA